GCAGAAGUGCAUAAUCGUAAGAUUGAAGAACGACCGAUAAUUAUUUUGAAUGAAGUAGGCCAACCGAUCGGGCCUACUCCUGAUCUUGUUCGUGAAUUUAGUCGCUUCUUGGGUACGGUGGCUAGAGAUUCAGAACUCACACCUUUGAAUUAUGUCACAUGGCAUAAUGUACCACAACAUAAUUUAGACAACAUCUGGGAUUACGUCAUGGAGAAGUAUAUGGUUCCAAUGGAAGGACAGAAGUGGGUUUUUUCUACCAUUAAUGACUUGUGGCGUGUUCAUAAAUCAAGAAUGAAGAAAGCCCAUUAUUAUGCAUACACAACUGAUGAGGAAAGGUGGAAAAAUCGCCCAAAAACUAUUCCCGAGAAUAUAUUCAAAGACCUUGUGAAUUACUGGAACGUUGAUGAGGUUGAGGAGGCAAGUGACAUCAAUAGAAGCAAUCGUAUGCAGUAUGAUGACCCACACACUUUGGGUCCCACAUCAUUUGCAUUAUUGCGUCAUGUAUUGAAACAAGAUGAUCCCAACAAUCAAGACCCAUCUCAAGCAACAGUGUAUAAGGAAUCAAGGCUGAGAACUCCUGGGAAUCAGUACUUGACAAAAAAUGACAAGGCUUCUGAAAAUAUUAAGCAAAUGAGUGAGUUACAAUCUCAGCAAGAAUGUGGAGAAAAGGAAACUAAAGAAGAUCCUUACUAUCUUGUGGUUAAGAAACCUGAAUUGAACGGGCGUUUACGCCUUCGUGGUCGAGGUAUGAACAAAUCUAAAUUGAAGAAAAGUAAUAAGGGUGCAAAGUCAAGCUACACACUUCCAGAGGAGUUCUUGCAAAGUGUCAC